AUGGCGCCAUCAACCAUCAACGUCCUCCUCACCUCGUUUCCGGGCCUGGGUCUGCCGAAGACGCUCUCGCUCCCCCUCCCAGCCACAUCCACCGUCGCCGACUUCAGCGCGGCGCUGACCCAGCGCAUCCCCUCCAUCGACAACCGACUGAUCCUGACGACCAACUCCAACAAACUCCUACAACCCGACUCUGCCACGCCACUAUCGUCACUGCUCUCUUCCUCAUCCGCCGAGCAAGAUGCCCCCGCUUUCCUCUCCCUGCGCCUCACCGCACCCCUGUGCGGUGGUAAGGGUGGUUUCGGCUCGCAGCUGCGCGCGGCCGGCGGGCGUAUGCGCAAGAAGCGCGGCGCGGGCGAGAACAACGGCUCGUCGCGCAACCUGGACGGACGGCGACUGCGCACCGUGACCGAGGCGAAGGCCCUGGCUGAGUACCUGGCCGUGAAGCCCGAGAUGGACCAGAAGCAGAAGGAGGAGCGGCGCCAGCGGUGGCAGGAGAUUGUCGAGAUGGCCGAGCGCAAGGAGGAGGAGAUCUUGAAGGGCGGCAAGGGCAGGCUGAAUGGAGAGUGGGUCGAGGCCAAGGAGGAGGCCGAGGAGCGGACGAGGCUGGCGGUGCUGGAGGCGAUGAAGAAGGGGGAUAUCAAGGACGUUCUGGGCAAGGAGAGUGAUAGCUCGGCGAGCCCCUCUGAGGGCAGCGAGGGCAGUGAGAGUGAGGAGGAGAUCAAGGCUAGCGCGCCGAAGGCUAGUGCGUCGAAGCCUGCUGCUCCGGCAAACAGGACCUUCUUCGGUUGGGACGAUGACGAGGAUAUGAGCGAAGAUGAUGAAGAUGAGGAACCCGAGGAACCGGAAGUUGAGGGCAAGGGCAAGGCUAAGGCUUAA